AGGUUGUUAGAAAGUUAAUGGCUGGGGGGAAAGGGAUUCCGUUCUCGCUUCAGGAGAGUUUCUGGAUUUUCCGAAGUGAUACUUUAACAGAAUAGAAUCGCAACGCAAGUUUGAUACAAAUAACAACUCGGCCCAAAUACAUAUUACUCAAAGAAGUAUGCAGAAUGCUGUAGCCGGGACGGCAAUGCUGACGGACGGCUUCGAGGACGAGAUUGACUCGGUGACUCCGCGCUCUCCUGCGGUAGGGAUGGAGGUCGGAGCCACACCGGGGUCUGGACUCGGGGGCCUAGGCAUCGGUGUUGGCGGAAAGAAAGUCCGCUUGUUCGGAGAGGCCGCGGCUGGGCCCGCUGCGGACAGACUGGAUUUUAAGCUGGCCGCGGCCGCGGUGCUUUCCUCCGGCCCCGGCUCUGGCAGCGACGAGGACGAGGUUUCUGAGGUGGAGUCUUUCAUAUUGGACCAGGAGGACCUGGACAAUCCUAUGCUAAAGACUGCAUCAGAGCUGCUCCUGUCAAGUGCAGCUGAUGGAGCAGACCUGAGAACGGUAGAUCCAGAGACGCAGGCCAGGCUGGAGGCCUUGCUAGAAGCAGCAGGCAUCGGUAAACUGUCCACUGCGGAUGGUAAAGCAUUCGCAGAUCCCGAGGUGCUGCGCCGACUGACAUCGUCGGUGAGCUGUGCGCUGGAUGAGGCUGCUGCUGCCCUCACACGAAUGAGGGCCGAGAAUACGCUCAACGCCGGCCAGGCUGACAAUUUGGUUAUUUUCAGCCGUAGCUUGGCAGAGGCCUGUUCAGAUGGGGAUGUCAACGCCGUGAGGAAGCUGUUAGACGAGGGCCGCAGUGUCAACGAGCACACGGAAGAAGGCGAGAGCCUGCUAUGUCUUGCCUGUUCUGCGGGUUACUACGAACUUGCACAGGUCCUGCUGGCCAUGCAUGCUAAUGUUGAGGAUCGGGGGAUCAAGGGUGACAUCACGCCCCUCAUGGCAGCUGCUAGUGGUGGCUAUGUGGACAUAGUCAAGCUGCUGCUGGUACAUGGAGCUGAUGUCAAUGCUCAGUCAUCUACAGGGAACACGGCGCUAACAUAUGCCUGUGCCGGUGGCUUUGUGGAUGUAGUUAAGGUGUUGUUGAAGGAGGGAGCCAACAUUGAGGACCAUAAUGAGAAUGGCCACACGCCACUGAUGGAGGCAGCCAGCGCAGGGCAUGUGGAGGUAGCACGUGUGCUGUUGGAGUACGGUGCUGGCAUCAACACUCACUCCAAUGAGUUCAAGGAGAGUGCGCUGACAUUAGCCUGCUAUAAAGGACACCUGGAGAUGGUGCGCUUCUUAUUGGAGGCUGGUGCAGACCAGGAGCACAAGACAGAUGAGAUGCACACAGCGCUGAUGGAGGCCUGCAUGGAUGGCCAUGUGGAGGUGGCCCGGCUGCUACUGGACAGUGGGGCACAGGUGAACAUGCCGGCAGACUCGUUUGAGUCUCCAUUGACACUGGCAGCCUGUGGAGGCCAUGUGGAACUGGCUGCCCUUUUGAUUGAACGUGGAGCCAACCUGGAAGAGGUGAAUGACGAGGGUUACACGCCAUUGAUGGAGGCAGCUCGUGAAGGCCAUGAAGAGAUGGUGGCACUGUUGCUGGCCCAGGGUGCGAACAUUAAUGCACAGACGGAAGAGACACAGGAGACUGCCCUGACGCUGGCCUGCUGUGGGGGCUUCUUGGAAGUGGCAGACUUCCUCAUUAAAACUGGAGCAGAUAUAGAGCUGGGCUGUUCUACACCUCUCAUGGAGGCUGCACAGGAAGGCCACCUGGAACUUGUCAAGUAUCUGCUGGCUGCAGGGGCAAAUGUCCAUGCCACCACAGCAACGGGUGACACGGCAUUGACGUAUGCUUGUGAAAACGGACAUACAGAUGUGGCUGAUGUACUGCUGCAAACGGGGGCUGACCUGGAACAUGAGUCAGAGGGAGGUAGAACCCCAUUAAUGAAAGCAGCCAGAGCAGGACACCUGUGUACCGUACAGUUUUUAAUCAGCAAAGGUGCCAAUGUGAAUAGAGCCACAGCAAACAAUGACCACACGGUGGUAUCGCUGGCCUGUGCUGGCGGCCACUUGGCUGUAGUGGAGCUGCUGCUGGCCCAUGGAGCUGACCCCACGCAUCGGCUGAAGGAUGGCUCAACCAUGCUCAUUGAAGCUGCUAAGGGUGGCCACACCAAUGUGGUGUCCUAUUUGCUUGACUACCCGAACAACAUCCUCUCUGUCCCCGCGCCUGACCUGUCUCAGCUCACACCCCCUUCACAUGAUGCAUCUCAGGUUCCCCGUGUUCCAUUCCAGGCUCUGGCCAUGGUUGUGCCCCCGCAGGAGCCCGAUAGAGUACCCUCUGCCAUCACAGCACCCCCUCAGGUCACCAGUAAAGGUGCAUCCAAGCAAAGGUCAAACCCCAUGCAGACAAGCAGCGUCACUGCAGGUGGAACAGAUGUGGAUGUUUUGCCCCACUUCCACCCCUACCAGCCCCUAGAGUGCAUCGUGGAAGAGACAGAGGGCAAGUUGAAUGAGCUUGGCCAACGCAUCAGUGCCAUUGAAAAGGCACAACUGGAGUCAUUGGAGCUCAUCCAGGGCGAGCCCCUCACCAAAGACAAGAUUGAGGAGCUGAAAAAGAGCCGUGAGGAACAGGUGCAGAAAAAGAAAAAAAUCCUAAAGGAGCUACAAAAGGUGGAGCGCCAGCUGCAGCUCAAGACGCAGCAGCAGUUCACCAAAGAGUACAUGGAGGCAAAGGGACUAAAGGAGGACUCAGGGCAGCCAGCUCAGGGGGCGGGGCUGUCAUUGCCCGGCGCCGCCCUGCCCCUGCAAUCAUCGCAGCUGGGCUCUGAUACAGAUGGAGAGGGGAACCAUGAUGAUGAAGACAACCAGCCAAACCCAACAGAAGAUGAUGAUGAUGAUGAUGAGGAUGAUGAUGAAGAUGAUGAUGAGGAGGAUGAUGAGGAUGAAGAAGAUGAUGAUGAGGAGGAGGAAGAGGACGAUGAUUUCGCUAAGCUGCCACAGGUGGACACUAUCCUGUACAGAGAGAUGCAGCAACCUCCACCACCACCCCCACCACAGACACCACCAACACAGACUGGCUUUGUGCCCAUCCAGCCUUUGGCCACACAGCUGUCCACAGACUUCAGUGGUGCAGAUUACUCUGGAAACACCUGUCCUGACCUUCAAAGGGCAAUGGUGAAUCCGCAGAUGCUGGGCCAGCAGCUCCCAGGGCUUGGAUCCAACCUCCUCAGCCAGGCACCUGAAGGUCUCAUGGUGGCUACCCCUGCCCAGACACUCACGGAAACGUUGGAUGAUAUCAUGGCGGCAGUGGGCAGCAGAGUGCCUAUGAUGAGCACCACAGUCUCACCUACCUCUCAGCCCUCCAUGCCAACACCAGGCAGUACUAUCUCGCCCCCUUCUAUGCUGCCAUUGUACCCCUCUGUGGACAUCGAUGCCCAUACGGAGAGCAACCAUGACACAGCUUUAACACUGGCAUGUGCUGGGGGCCAUGAGGAGCUGGUGUCAGUGUUGAUUGCACGUGGGGCCAACAUUGAGCACCGGGAUAAGAAGGGCUUCACGCCGCUGAUUCUAGCAGCAACGGCCGGUCAUGUGGGUGUUGUGGAGAUCCUUCUGGAUAAAGGGGCUGAUAUUGAGGCCCAGUCUGAGAGAACCAAAGACACACCUCUCUCCUUGGCAUGUUCUGGGGGCCGGCAAGAGGUGGUGGAACUGCUGCUGUUGCGUGGGGCCAACAAGGAGCACCGCAAUGUCUCGGACUAUACUCCUCUCAGUCUUGCUGCAUCCGGGGGCUAUGUCAACAUCAUCAAGAUUCUUCUUAACGCUGGAGCUGAGAUCAACUCCAGGACUGGCAGCAAGCUGGGAAUCUCUCCCCUCAUGUUAGCGGCCAUGAACGGUCACGUCCCGGCAGUCAAACUGUUGCUGGACAUGGGAUCGGAUAUCAACGCCCAAAUUGAGACAAACCGCAACACGGCGCUGACGCUAGCCUGCUUCCAGGGACGUGCUGAGGUGGUCAGUCUACUGCUGGACCGCAAGGCCAACGUGGAACAUCGUGCUAAGACUGGGCUCACUCCACUUAUGGAGGCUGCGUCAGGAGGCUAUGCUGAGGUGGGCCGUGUGCUUCUGGACAAAGGCGCCGAUGUCAAUGCCCCACCUGUGCCGUCCUCUCGGGACACUGCGCUCACCAUUGCUGCAGACAAGGGUCAUUACAAAUUCUGUGAGCUCCUCAUCAACAGGGUAGCCCACAUUGAUGUGCGCAAUAAGAAAGGGAACACACCGCUGUGGCUGGCAGCCAACGGGGGCCAUUUUGAUGUGGUACAGCUGCUUGUGCAGGCGGGUGCGGAUGUCGAUGCUGCGGACAACCGCAAGAUCACGCCCCUGAUGGCUGCAUUCCGCAAGGGUCAUGUGAAAGUGGUCCAGUAUUUGGUGAAAGAAGUAAAUCAGUUUCCCUCGGACAUUGAGUGCAUGCGAUACAUUGCCACCAUUGCAGACAAGGAGUUGCUGAAGAAAUGUCACCAGUGCAUGGAGACAAUUGUCAAAGCCAAAGAUCAGCAGGCAGCAGAGGCGAACAAGAACGCCAGCAUCUUGCUUAAGGAGCUUGAUCUUGAGAAGUCCCGAGAGGAAAGCAAGAAGCAGGCUCUGGCAGCCAAGCGGGAGAAGCGCAAGGAGAAGCGCAAGAAGAAGAAGGAGGAGCAAAAGAGGAAGUUGGAGGAAGAGGAGGCAAAAAUCAAGGAGGAGUGCACAGAAAUGCAGGACCAGGGGAAAGAUUCAACAAAAGAAGCUGAAGUCCCCAUUGAGCCCCCAAGCGCCACCACCACCACCACCAUUGGCAUCUCUGCCACUUCUGUCACCUUCACAGCCGCUUUCAGUAAAAAGCGGGGCAACGUAGUGACAACACCUAGCACCAACCGCAAGAGUAAGAAGAACAAGACCAAAGAGGCACCAAGUGAGCCCAUUAUCUUGCAGGAUCCCCAGGUGGCAUUGGCACAACAGAAGGCUGACAAGAACAAGAUCCACGGGGAGCCCCGUGGUGGUGGGGCACCCGGAGGGAACAGUGACUCCGACAACUUGGACAGCACUGACUGCAACAGUGAGAGCAGCAGUAGUGGUGGCAAGAGCCAGGAGCUCAGCUACUCACCAGACGUGGCUCCCUCCAGUCACACCCAGACCCCGCCUGCCCCGGAGAAGAGACAGUGCCCCUCCUCACAUGGCUUACGUGACGAAAAGGUCACUGUGUCUGUCUCCAAAGCACAGCAGAAGGUACAAGAGUGCAUCAGUGACUUGAAUCCCAAUCCUGUACCCUCCACUUUCAAGACUGUUUCAUUGCCGGUGUCAUCACCAAACAGUAAGAUAAACCUUACCAGCCCUAAGAGGGGCCAGAAGAGAGAAGAAGGCUGGAAGGAGGUGGUCCGCAGGUCUAAGAAGCUCUCAGUUCCAGCCUCUGUGGUAUCACGAAUUAUGGGCAGGGGUGGCUGUAAUAUCACUGCCAUUCAGGAUGUGACGGGAGCACACAUUGAUGUGGACAAGCAAAAAGACAAGAAUGGCGAGAGAAUGAUUACCAUCAGGGGAGGCACAGAGUCAACGCGACAUGCUGUGCAGCUCAUCAAUGCGCUGAUCCAGGACCCCGCAAAGGAGCUGGAGGACUUGAUCCCCCGGAAUCACAUCCGUACUCCUGGAACAAACACCAAGAUUGGUUCCACCUUUACCACGUCCACUGGAGCCACCAGCACCACCGCAGCUGGCUGCAAAGGCCCGGCAUCUGUCGUGCCAUCCUCCACUGUGUCUUUCCAGCCCUCUUCGCCUUCCCCAUCACAGCAAGGGGGCAAGAUGGGGAAAGGUCUGGCUCCUGGAGUCAGGCCCCCCUUUGUUUCACUUCCUCUGGCCUAUGCCCACCCACAGCUGGCACUGCUGGCAGCCCAGACCAUGCACCAGAUCCGGCACCCACGCCUGCCCGUGGCUCAGUUUGGAGGUACCUUCUCUCCAUCACCUAAUACUUGGGGCCCCUUUCCGGUGCGGCCUGUGAGCCCCGGCAGCACUAAUAGUUCUCCUAAACAUAAUGGAGGUGCCGCGACACGCCCGGGCACCUCUCAGGCAGAGUAUGCAGCGGCUGUCUCCAACUCCACUCCUACCAGUACUACUGUUGCCUCACCCCCAUCUACGGCUCCAGCUCUUGCCAGUUCGGGGACCCCAUCCACUGUUCGCAAGCAGCUGUUCUCCGCCGAACCUAAGUCCAGCAGUGUGACCCCGGUGGCCAGCACAGCUAGCAACAUAGGCCCAGCACGACCUUCCAGCUCUCCACCACCCCCGCUAUCUGCUCCGUCUGCACAACCUAGCACCCCUCCCCCUCCUGCACCAAUAGCCCCACCCACACAACUCCCACAGUCCAAACCAGAGCCUCUUACCUCUUGUAUCGCUGGAAAGGAAAAACCCCCUGUGGAACAUCCAGUCACGCCUGUUCUGGGUGGAGCUUCUGAAAACACCACUUCUGUUGGCGCAUUGCCCUUUUCAGCUCCACCUACAACCUUGCCCUUGGUCCCACCUCACCAAGAGGGGCGACAGCAGCUGCCUAUGCCCUUCACCUCCAGUGCAGAACCUGGUCCAUCUGUAGCCUCGCCUUGUGUCAGCCUGCCCAUCUCUCGCCCUGCCCCUGCCUGUGGCAGCACAGUCGCACACACCAGCAGCACUUUACCUCACUUUGCCGCUCCUGCACCCCGGGUGUCACCACGCAUGCAGCCUGCUGCUCCAUUUUACCCUCUCGCUCCAGGGGGAGCUUUGAAUGAGCACCCAUCUGUGUUCACAUUGCAAGAUCCUCUCAAGCAACAGCAGCAGCCGCCCGCACAGCAACAACAGCAGCACACGAUGCCAACACCAGGCAUGGCCCCACCGUCGCUUCCAAUGUCAUCUGCCAUCAGCAUGAUGAAUGGCUCCCAGAUGCACAUCCACGCUGGCAAGGCCCAGCUGCCCCCAAACUUUGGGCCCACUGCCCUCUUCAACCAUUUCAGCAGUAUCUUUGACAACAGCCAGGUGGGCAACAACCAUGUGUGGGGCACGUGCCACUUGCCGACACGGACCCCACCUGAGCAGGCCUAUAGUGCCCCGCCCACAUACAUGAGCAGUAUGGGUCAGAUGGAAAAUGUACUACCACCUCCUGACAGCUCCAAGGCACCCGGUUACCGCUGUACCUCCCAGAGGAUCGUAUCCAGUCCCAUCGGCAUGCACUCGAUGGACCCCUCAGGAAGCUCCCUUUCCUCUUCCACUGCGCUGACGAGCUUUGCCACCAGCAUCUCUGGCAGUCCGGUGUUCCUGCCAGGCCCAGCCCCCAUGGGGACACCCUCCUUCAGCCGGCAACACUUCUCCCCUCACCCUUGGAGCGCCUCAACUUCUUGUGAGUCCCCAGUGCCCUCCGUAUCUUCAGGUGCCUCUUCCCCGCUCUCGGCAUCCACAGCAGCACCGGUCCAGUCCAAGCCCAGUAGCUCCAGUCAGCAGGACCGUAAAGUGCCCCCACCUAUCGGCACCGAGCGCCUGGCCCGCAUUCGGCAGACUGGCUCAGUCAACCCUACAAUGCUCACUACCAGCUACACUGCACCUGUUGGGCAGGGUGGCAUCUGGUCUUUUGGUGUGGGCAGAGCCUCUGAGGCCAUGUCUGGCUGGUCACAACCCCUGAUGAGCAGUCACAUCCUGCACCAGCAGCUGCCAGAGCCGUCAGCUUUUUCCCAGCACCAGCCAAUGGAACGGGAUGACACGGGCAUCGUGGCCCCCUCCAAUACUUUCCACCAGCCCGUGCCCAGCAACUUCAUUGACUUCCCCAAGGGGUUGCCAAUGUCGAUGUAUGGCGGAACAAUGAUCCCUCCCCGCCCUCCACUGACUGAAGGGCCAGGGGGCCCCAUGUACAAUGGCCUCCACACUGCCGACCCUGCCUGGAACCCCAUUCUCAAGGUUGUUCCCAAUUCUGCAGAGAAUUCAGACCCCCAACAGGUCUGGCCUGGUACUUGGGCUCCACAUGCCGGGAAUGUGCAUCUGAACCACGUCAACUAGACAAUGUGAUGAUCAACACAUAGGACCAGUAAUUUUUUUUUUUUUUGUUUUAGAACAUUUACCAUUUAUGACUUUAACCUAGUAGUGUCCUACAAAGUAAAAAUUGGAAGGAUGGACACUAUUUGAUGUGCCUAACUAAAAAGAUGGAUUCAGUGUGGGCUUUAACUUGUUUACCACGGUCUAUGAACAAAUCGAUUACCUGUCCAACAGGAUACAUUCUCUGCUUAGUAUAGCCAUUUUGACUUUAAAACCAACAUGAAGCAUUCUUGGUCUCCAGAGCUUUUUGGGACUGUGAGUUGUUCUCCACCAAGAGCUAGAUGAUUGCAUAAAGAGAAAUCAAACCUUUUAGAGUGGUAAAUACAUGUAUAAUUGUUUACAUACUAAAAAGGGUUAAAAUGAGAGUAAAUUUCAUGUCGUAUAGUGGCUCUACUUUAUGUAGCCUGUAUUAAUGUGAAAUAUUUACCUUAAUAUUCAAUAAAAAGAUG